UCGCCCGAGCACACCGUCCGGACAGUCGGAACGUGAACAGACGAACGAACUGAAGUACGAUCGAGAUGCGGAGGUGCUCUCUGUUGUCGGUGCUGGUGCUGGUGGCAGCAGUCUGCGCCACGGAGGUCGUAGGCAUUCGUCCGGCGCUGCGCCAGGAUGCCCCCCGGGGUCGCGUUGUUGGGGGAGCUCUCGCCACCGCUGGACAGUUCCCGUACGCCGUCGGGCUGGUAACGCACACCGGAGUCAUCUUUACUGGGCGCUGUGCGGGCUCCCUCAUUUCUGCCAACUAUGUCCUCACGGCGGCGAGCUGCGUGCAGAGUGCCACGUCAGCGUUUGCCUACCUCGGAGGCCUGCGGGUGGACGACCAACCGGAGCAGGGCCGCGAACGACUCCUGAUCGAACGCUUCAUCCUGCACACGAGCUUUGUGGAGGGGGGCGAAAACUUUGACGUUGCCCUGGGGCGGCUCCCACGCUCUGUCAGCUUCACCGAUCGCAUUCGCCCAAUACGGCUGCCAAACCGACGCCAGGUGCAGGCCACGUUCGCGGGCCAGCAGGGAACCGUGUUUGGGUGGGGCCGGUUCGGCUCGGGCAUUAGCAAUUCGGCCGAGCUGCGCUUUGGUCGGGCGGAGAUCAUUACCAAUCUGGCCUGCCGGGUCAGCCUGCCGACGAACACGAUCGGCGAUGCGCACAUGUGCACGGACGGGUCGGUCAGCUCGCCGUGUGCGGGCGAUAAUGGGGCACCGCUGACGAUUGUGGACGCGGACGGCAUCACGACGCAGGUCGGCGUGUUUUCGUUCAACUCGGUGCUUGGGUGUGACGCUGGACGGGCCGCUGUGUAUACGCGGCUGUCGGCCUACCUGGACUGGAUCGGUGCCAACUCCGAUGUGACUAUUCGGGAUAAUUUCUAAACGGUUGCUAAUAAAAUAAAUUGAAAAUUAAA